CAUUCACAGACACCCACUCCUCCAUCAUCAUCUCCCAUUUCUCCAAUCUCUCUCUCUACAUGAUUCUGCACACCGUAUCUUCUCCUUCCUUCCUUCCUUCCCCUUGUCCCAUUUUCCCGUACACUUGUUCCCUUCUCUCUCUGCGGCUAAAAUGACGGCCGCCGCCCCCCCCAAUCCCACGUCAAUGAUGAACUCAUCCCACUAAAGCCUGCUUCAAAAUGUCUAAUGCUUCAAAUUCAAUCCCAAUCGAAGACGCGGCGGCGAAGGCGGUUUUCAAGCGCUAUGAAGGCCUCGCAGCCGUCCGUACAAAGGCGGUGAAGGGCAAAGGCGCUUGGUACUGGGCCCAUCUCGAGCCAAUUCUCAUACGGGAGAGUGAUAUGAAACCGCCCAAAGCCGUGAAGCUGAAAUGCACUCUCUGCAACGCCGCCUUCUCCGCAUCAAACCCGUCAAGAACUGCCACCGAGCAUCUCAAGAAGGGGACUUGUCCCAAUUUCAACUCAAUGCUGCAGCUUCCCCCUCUGGCCUCGCCCACCGCUCGCAAGAGUAGUAAUCGCAAGCGAUGCUUGCAGUCUCAAGAAUCCGUUGAUGCUUCCCUAGAUGUGUGCCCGCUUAACAUGGUUGAUCCCUCGCGUUUCCUUACCAAUGAGGUGAGCUUUCUCCCUGCUCCGCCUCUCUAUCUGAAGCCGCUCCAGUUGUCCGGCGGGAAGGAGGAUUACGGGCCGUUGGCGCGGCUGGAGAGCAGUGUGAAGAAGCUCAAGAGCCCCGGGGGCUCCUCGCCUAGCCCGGCCUUGAGCACGAGUCAAGUGAAGAGAUCGUUUGAUGCUUUGGGAGACUGGUUUUACGACUCAUGUGGGGUGGUCUCCUUUUCAAGCCUUGAACAUCCCAAGUUCAGGGCUUUCCUUAACCAGCUUGGGUUUCCUGCGGCCUUGAACAUGGACUUCUUGAGCUCGAGGCUCGAAUCCAAGUUUGACCAUGCUAGGAUGGACUCAGAAGCUAGGAUUUCUGAUGCAGCAUUCUUUCAGCUUGCUUGUGAUGGGUGGAAGGCCGGUGUUGGGAGCCAGCGUUUGGUUAAGUUCACGGUGAACCUUCCCAACAGGACAGCCAUUUUCCGGAAGGCCAUGAGCGUUGAUGGUGCAGCCGUGCCAUCACAGUAUGCGGAGGAGGUUCUGUGGGAGACUAUCCAAGGGGUUUGUGGUGGCAAUGUGCAGAGAUGUGUUGGGGUCGUUUCAGAUAAGUAUAAAGCUAAAGCAUUGAGGAAUUUAGAACUCCAGAAUCAUUGGAUGAUCAAUUUAUCUUGUCAGGUUCAAGGAUUCUUUAGUUUGAUAAAGGACUUGUAUAGAGAGCUUCCAUUGUUUAAGACUGUAAGUGAUAAUUGUACAAAAAUUGCUAGCCUCAUCAAUUCCACUCCGCAGAUUAGGAAUAGUUUCCACAGGUUUAGGCUGCAAGGGUAUGACAUUGCUGGAUUUAUUAGAGUGCCUCAUCCUAAAUGUGAAAUCUCAAAGAUUUGGUCUCCUUUUAUUGCAAUGCUGGAUGAUUUAUUGAGCUGCUCUAGAAUUCUGAACCUAAUUGUAUCGGAUGAUUCGUGUAAAGUUGCCUUAUUGGAUGUUUGUGGUGGGGAGGUUGCAGCUGUGAUUCAGGAUGUUGGAUUCUGGAGACACGUUGAGGCUGCUCAUUCGCUAGUGAAAAUGAUCGUGGCGAUGGCUGAAGAAAUUGAGGCUGAGAGGCCGUCAGUUGGGCAGUGUCUCCCUCUUUGGGAGGAACUGAGGGCUAAAAUAAAGGAGUGGUGCACAAAAAAUGACAUUGCUGAAGGACCUGUGGAGAAGAUUCUCGAAAGGCGAUUCAGAAAGGUGUAUCAUCCAGCGUGGUCGGCUGCAUUUAUUCUUGAUCCUUUGUAUUUGGUCAGAGAUGCUAGUGGGAAGUAUCUUCCGCCUUUUAAGUGCUUGACACACGAGCAAGAGAAGGACGUUGACAAGCUUGUGACGCGGCUGGUUUCAAGGGAGGAAGCUCAUAUUGCUUUAAUGGAACUAAUGAAGUGGAGAUCAGAUGGUUUGGACCCACUAUAUGCUCAGGCAGUUCAGGUAAGACAGCAUGAUGCUGUGACGGGGAAACUGAAAGUUGCCAAUCCCCAGGGCAGUAGGCUUGUCUGGGAAACAUACCUCAAAGAUUUUAAGAUAUUGAGUAAAGUUGCAGUCAGGCUUCUUUUCCUUCAAGCGACCUCGUGUGGAAUCAAACAUGAUUCAUCGUUCACAAGGUGGUUUUGUAGACAAGGAAAUUCGAGAUCGGGUUCGGAUAGGGCUCAGAAGCUAAUAUUUGUCGCAGCUCAUGCAAAGCUCGAGAGACAGGACUACUCCAGUCCUGAAGAAAAGGAUGCAGAGCUUUUUGGCUCCAUAUAUGGCGAUGACGUCAUGCUGAACGAGGUUCUAGCAGAUACACCUUCUACCUAGUGUCUCUGUUGGUUAACUUUGUAGAAUUGUUGUUGUAGGAUUUAAUUGAUAUUUAUUGUUUCCUUUCUUUCAGUUUUCUUUGGUUUGUUGAAUCUGGAGUUAGGUCCAUAUGAAGGAUAUAUAGGUUUGGGAGGGAGGAGGGUUAUCAUUUAUGGUAUUAUUGUUGUGUAGAUAGCAAAUGCAUUCUUGUUUGUAGUUACUAAUAUGAAUUUUAAAACAUGAUAUUGUUGAAUGUUAGAGGCUUUGCUAUGUUAAUAAGAUGAGUGUUUUCAUAUA